CUAAUCUAUUCACAAGCGGCACAUCCUACUUAUUUAAAUAAUCUAUCUAAAUCCGUUCCCACCGAUCGCAUCGCCCCCAUGGACCACACCGUUGAGAUCGCAUCCUCGUUCAUCGAGGGUGCCCCGCCCGGCGAGCUCGGCGAUGUCGUUGCUGACAUCAAAGCCCUGACCGAAAGCGACGACAUCAUCCCCUCCCUGGCCCCCGCUUUCGAACGAUACAACCACAAACAGCUGACGACUGUCCGACUGCCCGGUGCGAGUCAGGAGGUCAUUGUGAGCGAAUUCAACCGGCUGGAAGACGGUCGGUACUUUGACGUUGAGAGUCAGACGUCUUUUGAGGUGGACCAUGUUACGCAGGAAGCGACUGGAUCGCAGACGUACGGGCUGGAAUCGCAGAAUGCCGAUUUGAUUAAAUCCCUCCUCAAAGCGAUGGGUAACCAUGCGCGCGAGCACUACCGGAGUUGCUCGUACGGGGUGUACCCGAUCGAGAACGACUCCGCCAUUGCCAUUGUCCUUGUCGCGAACCGCUACUCUCCGAACAACUUCUGGAACGGACGAUUCCGCUCCGUCUACACCGUGCCCGUGUCCGAGCCGACAACCGUGACGGGCCAGAUCCAGGUGGACGUGCACUACUACGAGGACGGCAACGUAUCGCUCAACACGCACAAGCCGGUGCAUGCGUCCGUGCCGUCGUUGUCGGCGGAGGGCAUCAUGUCGCGGAUUGGGGCGGCGGAGCGCGACUACCAGGAGCAGCUGAACCGGGCGUUUGUGCAGAUGGCGGAGGGGGCGUUCAAGGGACUGCGACGACAGCUGCCGGUUACGCGACAGAAGGUCGAGUGGGAGAAGGUUGGGGGUACCGACUGGGACAGGAUAUUGCCGGGGGGCGGUGAUUUUAGUUCUCCUUGGGAUAUUACACUGUCAACGUCUGCGAGGUCAGGCGAUAGAUAUACAUACUAGUAUGGAUACGGGGUACUCCGUAACGAAGCCCUUGCAGGGGAAGCGUGCAGACUGCAGACUGCAGAACCUCGGGAGUGAGGCUGAUCCUAAUCUAGUACAUACACGAAACGGGGGGUCCACACCGCUCCUUAAUCAACAC